GAUUUUGACGUGAAUUCAUCAAACGUGAAAAUAAUAAUUGAGGGUCAGAUAAUUUCAUAACCUUGCGAAAUUAUUUUUAAUUAGAUAUUAUAAAGUGAUUUCAAGCCUUAAUCAACCAGUUUCAUGCUUAUUUUAAAUACUCUGUCAAUACUUGUUCAAGUGGUGGUGAUUGUGUUUAUGUCGUUGCUGUCUAUGAAUAUAAUUCGGUAUUUUUCUGGCCCCUUACGAAAAAUGAGUGCACUCGCUCCAGCUAUCUUCGUUAAUCACGGUGGAGGCCCUCUGCCACUUCUAGGAGAUAAGGAUCACGUAGGCCUUACCAACUUUUUGCGAGAUGAAGUCAAAAAACAUCUUAAUUUGGCAGAAACAAAGGCUAUAAUACUAGUAACUGCUCACUGGGAAGAGAGUGCAGUGACGAUAUCGUCUGGUAAGAAACACAAUUUAUAUUUUGAUUAUUAUGGUUUCCCGCCAGAAUCUUACAAAUAUAAGUAUGAUGCACCAGGGGAUCCUGAAUUAGCAAGUCGAAUUGAACAAGCAUUGACUAAAGAAGGAAUAAAGUCGAGACUAGAUCCUAAUAGAGGUUGGGACCAUGGUGUGUUUGUACCAAUGAUGCUUAUAAACCCAGCAGCCAAUAUACCAAUAGUACAAGUGUCUGUCCUCAGCAGCCAGGAUCCAGAAGCACAUUAUAAACUUGGAAAAGCUUUAUACCAAUUCAGAAAAGAAGGUAUAGCUGUACUAGGAUCCGGAAUGUCUUACCACAAUAUGAGAGAAUUUAUGAUGGGCCGCACUGGGAAAGUAGUAAAUGAGGAAUUUGAUGAAUAUUUAAAUAGAGUUUGCACAGAAGAGGAUGAAUCUAAAAGAAAACAAGGAUUGUUGAUGUGGAGACAGCAGCCUGGGGCCACAGAAGCACAUCCAGUUCGAGCGGCUGAGCAUUUUAUGCCUCUAAUUGUUAUUGCUGGUGCAGGUGGACCAAAGGCUGGUACUAGAAUAUUUAACUGGGAUAUGAGCAGAACAUUCCGAUUGAGUGCAUUUGUAUGGAAAGAUUAAUUGUUGUUAAUCUGUUACUCCAAAUCUCUUUUAAAUAUGUUACUUUUGUUAAUUACAUCCAUUUUAUCUUGUAGAAAAUUACUUCAAUAUUUAGUUUUCCAGUUUCGCGUGGCAGCAAAGGGAUUUUCUAUAAGAUAAAUAUUGAUGUAGUAUUGCAAAAGCAAAAUUUAUCAAAUACACUGAUAUUGCAAUAAGUUUAAUCGGGCAUAAAUAAACCUUUUUGCAGGUUUUUAGGUUUGAAUUUUGUAUAUAAGUAUUGUUUAGAUGGUUAGCUAAAAUACAUAAUUUUAAAUCUAAAAUGGUAGACUGACACUUCUAUUCAGAAACCAGCUGUUAACCUAUAUUUAAAAUCAAAUAAAUCAGUAUACCCGAGCCAAAUAAAUGAUUGCUAAGAACAGUAUGAUAAAUAAAUUGAUAUUCUUAAUGAAAAAUGCUUUAAAAAUCCACAUUGUCCCUGGCAUCUUGAGAUGGGGUGCUCUGUUAGAGCAGUUGACCGGAUUGCAAAUGGUCAUGGGUUUGAGUACCAUCUCGGAGUGCCAGGGACAAAGCGGAUUUUUGAUGCAUUUUUUACUUAGGAUAUUUUUCGGUAUAGCAUUGUGAAUGCAAAACUGAUCAAAUAUGAUAAAUAAAUUCAUUUUCAUAUAUAUAUGCAAUAUGGUGGACUGCUCAAGAUGGACGACUAGUUAUCUUUAAAGGACUUUCAUAUAUGAU